UCCAUUCCAGUAAUCCAAACCUCCUCAGGAUUCAUUGGGAAUGGGCUAGCGUCAACAACUAUCACGGGGCAGGGAUUGUCAGGAAUCUGGAUUUGUUGGAUAUAUAUACAACGUAAACAACACUGCAAAAGGUUUCUUGCUACUUCAGAGGGUGCCCUCUGCCUGUGUCUAACCUCUCAGGAAGCAUGGUGUUGCUGUAGUGGAGAGGACCACCACCUUAGGAUCUGCAGACAGGGACUCGGCCAGUUGAUCACCAUGCCUUGUGUCAGUUCCAGCUCAAAGCCUAACUGUAGGCACGUCUGGCUCUUUUUUGCUCUCCUGGGCCUCUCGGCUAUGCACACUCAUGCCAAAGAUGACAUUACUGUACCUGAGCAGGUGAGCCUGUCAGCCAACAUGUCUACGAAGCAACUCUCUAUAUCCUGGCUGGGAGGAACAGCCACAACCUUUGACCUCAUGAUUCUACGAACUGAAUUCAAUAAAACUGUCUUCUAUGAGACUGUGUCUGUGACAGUGAAUCAGGUAAGUGGUCGGCACCAGUGGAACUGGACCUCAGUUGAACCUCUGGAGUGUACAUCGCUGUCGAUUAAAAUCCGCUCAAGAGAUGGACAGACAACAAGUGAAUGGAGCAGCACUCAGAUACUUCAAGGAAAGGAUCUCCCCAGCUAUGAUAAAUUCCAGAUGUACCCACAGGACAUGGUUGUACCUGUGGGGGCCAACACCACCUUCUGUUGCAUUGUGGAAGAGGGGAAGCUCUUUGGUACCAUCCAAUACAGCAACACAUUCAUGAACACGACGCGACUGAGUAGGCGAAGUUAUGCCACUACAAUGUAUAAUCAGGGACCAUCCGUCAGAACAGGAACCAACAUCAUCUGUUACGACUACCCGAAGACAAAGCUGACUGGAGCUGUGGUGUUUGUUGGAUAUCCACCACUGCCCAGUGAUUUAGUGUGUGAGACUCGUGACUUAACCUCAGCUGUGUGCCAGUGGAAUGAAGGACGGGACUCCCACUUGUAUGGCAAACGAGGAACACUCUACUCCCUGAACAAGAGGAUCUGUCCGCAGAAGCAGGGGGAAAGAAAGUGUAUAGUGGACCAGUGGGAGGGUAACUGGACACUGGUAGCUGAAAAUCCUCUCGGCCAGUACAGCCUCACUGACUCUGCUGAACUCAGUCACAGAGUGCGUCCAGAAGCACCUGCUAACGUGAGCUCUAUCGUCCAUGCCUGGUAUGCCACUGUGCUUUGGCAGUGGAAGUACACCACCUAUUCCUCACUGGCUCUUGUCUGCGAGGUAGAGCUUACCUCCCAAGGCUAUAAAACAACGCAUACCUUCUCUGGUGUGGGUCUGCGGUCGGUGGAUCUACUAGACCUGUAUCCUGAUGAGGAUUACAGUGUUCAAGUCCGCUGCAGUGCCCAGCAGAAUUUCUGGAAGUGGGGGGACAGGAGUAAACCAUUUUUCUUCAAAACCAAAACUUAUGUUCCAGAGGCUCCUGAUGUGUGGAUGUGGAUGAACAGAGACAACACUGGGCAUGUCAUAUGGAAGCCUCUGACUCGAAGACAGAGCCAUGGUCACAUCACAGGUUAUAAAGUUACUUUCUGGAGCCCUGAAGAAAAUCAACAGUACACAGAAAUCUUUUCACCGGAUACUACUGUAUCUCCAAUCAACCUCACACAGUUUGCUACCUUCAGCGGUAACAAGAUCAAAGCAACCGUCAUUGCAGAGAACAAUGCGGGGGAGUCUCAACCCGCAAGUGUAGUUAUACCUCUGCGUUUGACAGAUGUGGAACCCCUCGUUGUGUCCAGGGCAGUUUAUACGAACAGUGGUUUUCCUCUGUUCUGGUGGGAAGAUGUCAACGCCACCUGUGGUUAUGUGGUAGAAUGGCAUGAGGCCUCCUGCAAGUGGGACUGCCCUGUGGAGUGGAUCAAGGUGGCUGCUGGAAACACUAAUGUCACCGUUGAGUCAGCCAACUUCCAGCCAGGUGUGAGGUACACCUUUUCCCUCUACAGCUGCUCCUCAGAGGCCCCAGAGCUGCAGCAGCGCUGGCAGGGAUACGUGCAGGAGCUGGUUCCUUCCGGUUCUGUAUCAUUGUCAGCCAGUCAACAGGACUCUAAUAUUCUCCUCACCUGGGGAGAGAUCCCGCUGGUCAAAAGAAGAGGCUUCCUCCAGGGCUACAAUGUUUACAUCAGUAAUGGCUCCCAGCUCACACUUCUAGCCAAUUUGUCAGACCAAGGAGCCAGGAACUACACAGUAAAAGGUUUCUCUGAGGGUUCCUAUAAAUUUACUGUCAAGGCAUACACCUCAGCGGGCGAGGACACAGGCGCCACUGCCACCAUAAUGAUGGAGCCAUACACUGAUUGGCUGAUCCUGGAAAUCUUGGCUUCACUGGGAAUCACAGCCUUAUUCCUCAUCAUUGUCACGUUUAUUUGCUACAAGAAAAGGAAAUGGGUGAAAAAGGCGUUCUAUCCAGACAUACCUGAGCCCAAGCUUCCUGGUGAUUGGUCCAGGACACAGGAGCCGUUGGAUAUGAAGCCAUCUCCCCACAGUAUGGUCCAUAUUGUAGGAAAGCCCGAGUGGGAUUCCAGUAAAGAAUUGCUCGUCGUCAUUCCUGAAGAAGACGAGGAUGAAGAAGGGCGGGGGAUGGGAGACGAGCCAGUCGACACGGACGAGCCAACGUCACUACGCUACUACAACCAAGUGGUAGACGAGCGGCCCAUAAGACCACGUUACCCAGACUCCUCUACGUCUUCUUCAUCAUCUUUGGAUUCAGCACGCACCGAUGUGACGUACACAGGGAUUCAGACCUCAGGGUCUUCUUUGGUCUUCCAGCUGGACCCACAGGGCUCCUCUGAUGGCCACCAACCCCAAGCUGAUCAGUUUGCUUGCUGUGAGGGUGGAGGAGGGGGUUACAGGCCCCAGAUGCAACCAAGAUCCCAAAGUGAUGACACGCGCCCGGCUUCACCCGAGCCUUUCCUAGAGCCCCAGGUUGCCAGUGGCGGGGGCUACAAACCCCAGAGCUCCUGGAAUUUUGACGUGGAUGCCGGGGAAAGUGGCGGCCUGGCACCCUCUCUUGGAUCCCCCACCUCUGUUGCUUCUACACAGUUCCUCCUCCCUGAUGGAGAGGAAUACGGGGAGGAGAAACGACAGCUGUCAUCAUCGGCAGCCACCUGGUUCACCAACCUGCUGUCAUCCACAAAACCGUGAUAUUAUCUCACUCACACUACUAGCCGCCAGGCCAGGGGGAUCAAAAUACAACGUUCAGAUUCAUUACUGUUGACAGUGUCAUGCAUCAGACAUGCCUUGCCCACAUGGUGUAGGUAAAUAUCCCCUCUAAAGUAGCACUACUUUCUUACAGUUGCACUUAGACAGCAGGUUAAUUAUGCUAUUUAUGGUUGUUAUUCCAAACUUACAGACCUAUGUAUAUAGUUAAUUUGCUCAUGCAAAUAUCAAAAAUAUCAAAAUCUGUAUAUUUAUAUGUCAAAAAACAUUUCUAUUCUGACAACAAGUCUCAGAUUUCUUUAUACUUCCACAAUAUUUAUUGCACCCCCUGGAAACCUGGUGGCUGUUACUUCCCCUCACUGCCUUUUCUGUGAUUCCCUAUGAUGGGCAUUUAGCAAUGGCAUAUCCUGUGUUUCAGUUGAGUAUAUCCAGUUUUUAGCUUGCAUUUCAGAUGUUUUUACUUUAUUGUGACGUGAACUUUACUACACUACAGAAGAAAACGGAAAGGAAGACAGUUUCAAACCAAAUGACUGCACACUUCAGAGAUUAAGGACAUUUUUGGAAGAUCACUACAGAAGAACAGUUUCAAUAGAAGGUAGCUACGUAAGAAGAAGACCUCUCUCUCAUUAGUGUCCAUGUCUUGUGCUGAUGAUCUACUUAAUGUAAAAAAGGUGUUUGGCUAUAAAAAAUGAUUUGAAAGGUAUGUAAAGAGGGCACUCUCCUGGAUCAAUACCAAGAUAGCUCCUAUCAUUACAGACAUGAUCUAUUUUUCACAAAUUACUUGUCAGUGAGAUGUUAAUUGAAAAAUUCACUUAUGAACGAGAACAGUCAUUAUUUUACAGUUACAAGAAUGGUGCUUUCUAUUAUGGUCUGGAAUUGUGUGGCUGAUGAGCCCAGUGGAUAUACACUGAUAUAAGCUAGAACAUGAAUACAAACUGAUGUAAUUUAAUUAACAAAGACACUAUUAUGUUACUGAUGCAUGUUUUUGUUUGGUCUUAAUUUUUUAAUUUUUUUUUUUGUUAAACGCAUUUCACAGUCGGGCCAGUGUCCUUUUUAUGAUGUAAUGUUUUUGUAUCUUUAACUGGAUGGAACAUCUUAUGAGAACUAACUUGGAUGGGUAAUUAGGAGAUUUUCAUGGUAAAUGUAAUGCUUCCAGUUCCACAUCACCUUUCACACAUUGCCUUCCUCCUAAUGGUUAUGUAUUAUGAAAAAGAAUAUUUUACAGUAAUGCCGUUUAGAACUGAUCAGAAAUGUAUUGGAUAUACAAAUUUCACUGGCACUGACCGCAGUAUACAAAGGAUGUUUUAAUCCGUUUUAGUACGUGCUGAAAUUCUUAAACUUUGGUUGCAUCAUAAUUGCCAUGCUGUUACUAUCAGCCAUCUCAGUAUAUUUGUAUGCAUGUGAAGAAUUAUUUUUCUUGGGUUGCUUUAAUUUCAUGUCCAGAGAGAUGGCUGAUAAUACAUUUGAUGUCCAUUUGCUACUUAUCUUUUCAUUGCAAAUGUUUCCUUAAGCCUCCUUGUAAAUUUUGUGAUCGGAAACUGGGACCAACGGAAAAGCAUUUGUUGGGAAUUCUAGAGAAUUUCCAGAAAUGCCAUCAAUUUAGCUUUUGUUGACAAAAAUGUGAGGAAGUGACCUUGUUAGUAUUGGUUGCUUGACAACACUUUGGCAUCACCAUAAAGGUGUCAAACAGAGGCCACUAAUCACCCAAGUACACAGUCCUCAUACAUUUGCUCCACACUCGUGUACAGAGUGGGUGUUGAGGACCCACCGUUGGUUAGGUUUCCCAAAAGCAUCAUUAUGCAAAUAUUAUCCAGGAUGUUUAUUUUAUUGUACAGUCAGGCCCUGGCUCGCUUGUGUGGCAGCCUGUGGCCUAUUGUUUCUCAGUGCCUCCAGCCAACAAGCUUUAAGUAAAACUACUGUGACAUGAAUGAUGACUUAGAUUAACUAUAAUCAAUGGCUUCACUGAUGAGCUGAUAACAGGCAGGCAGUCCUCUUUGACUACUGAGCAAAUUGUAUCCGAUCUUUCUCUUUGUCUUGUAACACUGAUCUGAAUUUUAAGUCGAUAAGUAAUUUUUCAAAAGCUACACUUGCACCAGUCGAUCUGAGUAAACAGUGAACCAGUCAGAUUUAUUGCGUGAGAUCAGUGAUCACUUCAAGACAGUGGUAAAGGGUGGGUAUAGUUUUGAGUAUUUAAACAUGGCUGCAGAUUGUUUUCCUUUGAAGCCUGCUUCCUCAAACAAGCAGGACUUUGGAGACUAACCUAUGAACGCUAUGUGUUACAUGCUUUUAUGUUGAUUUGGAUCAACAAAAGGGCACCUUUUUAUUUUUCCUCUAAAUCUUUGCUUUAUACAACUAACUGUACAUAAUUGUCAUUUUUUUUAAUUUGUUCCCUUCUUACAAUAUAAAAUUGUAUGUUGUUUUACAUUGUAAAUUAUAUUCCCUAUACUACAACAGGCAGAGUUAAUGCUGACUAACCAGCUUUCUUGAGAGAAUAAAGGCAGAUGUUUGUGUUGAUGACACCAGAUAUAUAGAGUCCUAUGAAAUAUAGAGGCAUCACACUGUACAUUUGUUGUGUGUUUAAACACCGGGAAUCAUUUUUAAAUGUGUCUGAAAACCAUGUAAACUGAAUUAGAAUUGUGAUCCUGUCUUCUUAUAAUAGUUUAGCCUGCUUUGCAUUCCUAUCUUAUCACGGCAGUUUCGCUUUGCCAGACACAUUGUAAGUAGAGCCAGAGUACUCAACAUGCGCUCAUACAUGGCAAAUGCUGACAUGCAAUUUUCCUUUCAAUCCAUACCUUUUUUCCCCUUGUCCAUCCGUAUUUUUAAUUGGAGCCUAUAUUUACUCUGUAGAACAUUACAAUGUUGUGGUUUAUACAGAAGGGUACACUUGCUGCCUUACACAUCUUCAUCUCUGGCCCUAGAUGUUUUUACGAAAUCAAUGCAUGCUGUAUAAACUAAUUGUACACAACAGUGGCUCGUAAAUCCUUUUAACACCAUGUUUAUGUUACCCUAUGGCUUUAAAACUCUAACACUGACUAAUGUUGUGCAUGGCAACAGGACUGAAGUAUUAUGCACCUGAAAAAGGCUUUUGUUUCUGAAAAAUGUAUGAUAUUUUGCAGAAUAUUUUACUAUUGAUUGAUUGAAUGAAAAGAGACAGUGAAGUGCUUCUGAGUGAAUAAAUGUUAACACUAAUAACAGAAAUUGAAAUGCUACUUGUUUAAAGGCAAUAAAGCUCUUUGUCUGGCA